UAGAGAUAACAAACCGAGUUCUUGUUACCUUUUUGCAUAUUUAUGGGCAACUUAACCAGGUAGGCAGAGAGGGUCUGUCGAGGUUGCGGGCCGGAUCCAAAUCAGAUUGGGUAGGAUGAGGAUGGUUGGCUGUAUUUGUCUGAUUCCUCAAAAGAUGUUUUUAAACCUUGAUAACUAUUCAACGAUGAAUUCUGGAAUACCGCCGAAACCAAAGUUUUGGUCAAAAUUGUUCGGAAAAUACCUGAUGCUGACGAACACUGUCGGCUCGGGAGUUCUGCUCCCCAUUGGAGACGCAGUGGCCCAGCAGUACGAGCGAAUGGGAGACAAGAAACCCUUUGAUUUUUCCCGCUCGGGGUGCAUGAUGGUCACGGGAUUGGUGAUCGGCCCCGUCCAGCACGGAUUCUACCUGCUGCUGGAUAGGCUGCUCCCAGGAACGAACCGAUCGGGAAUCGUGCGAAAGCUCCUCGCCGACCAGCUGAUUAUGUCGCCCAUCUAUAUAUCAAUGUUCUUUUACAUCAGCGGCCUUCUGGAGGGGGGAUCCAUUCGAGAGUGCAACGACGAAAUGUCCGAGAAGUUCCUCUACACUUGGCUGGCCGACAUGUGCUUCUGGCCAGGUCUGCAGUACUUUAAUUUCCGAUACUUGAAGUCAUUCUACCGCGUUGCUUUCGUCAAUCUGGCCAACUGUGCGUAUAUCGUUCUGCUUUCCCAUAUAAAGCACAGCCAAUCUGGCAUUUGGCCAUAAAAUUAUAGUGCCCCCAUUAUACUAAAAUAAAAAACUGCAUAAAAACUUUA